AUGAAGUCUGUGUCCAGCUUUUCAUUUCUUGAAACCAAGUUUUGGCUUGUGUGUUCUCAAGCAGCAAUGAAAGGUCUGGUGGAAAAUUUGUAUGGUUCUGAAUCUGGUCUUCAGCUGUUUGGGUUCUUUGCAUCUCCUCGUGCUGAUGUAAUUAAUUCGUCUGAAUCGCGUUUUGUGUCUCUCUCACAUAGAUCUUGCGAGGGAUGGCCUUACUAUCUGAACAAAGGAGCUUCUUUGAAUAUUUCAUAUAAUGCUAAACCUGAAGGCUGUUUUGUUCGGCUUGUGGUCCAUAAAGGAACGGCCAGUCACUGCUUAUUGGAGGAACCUCCAUUUCAUCGGACCGCUCUCUCAUUGAAUCUGAUUCACGGGAGUGGUGUGAUUCAAGUGAACAUAAGUAGAUCUAAAAGUUAUCAUCUUAAUGUGGCUAACCCCAACUUGAAGGACGUAGAGAGGUGGAGCUGGAUAUUGAUCCUCAGCUGAAUGAAAUGAAUCCUCAUCUCUCACUGUCUCUGAGCUCAGGGAGCAUUAGCUGAAGAACAAGAAUUGUUCAUCAAACUCUCGUAUCAAGCUAGAUGGGCUUCAUAUGUACAAUUUCAUUUGGUAUCUGAGCCAUUGUAAACUAAUUCUUUUGGUAUCAAUUACAUGUAGCAUUUGUGCAUAUACAGGUCUCUUGACUUGCUUCAUGCUGGAAGCUAUAAAACUCUGUCAAAUGUUACAGUCUGAUGGGAAGAGAGGUGUGUAGCGGAUAAUGAUUCAACAAUAAGUCUAACUUGUAAAUAAUUUGUUCAACCGUGUGUUCUUGGACCGAGUCUUUUGUAGCGUAUGAUGCUGAUCUUGAAGAGUUUGUUGGCAAUGAAAGUGAAGCAAGUUAUGGAACUAGAAGUCUCUGUGCCAUUUCUUUUAUUGCUCAACGAGACUGUUUUUUCCUCCCUUGUGGGCCAUUGCGUCUCUUGUAUCACUGCGGACAAAGUAAGUGUCUAUAUCAAAAGUGAUAAGCUUUGACUAAUACAGUUUCUGUCACUCGUAUUGGACAUUUUUGUUGUAGUCUGUCCCAAGAGUGAUAUACAUAUGCACAAUGCCAUCGAAAGGGAUGGAAUCAAAUCCAGCUUAGCAUAGCUGAGAGCUCUUGGGGAUAAUUAUGCUGAAACAUUGCAACUUAACUGGUCUAUCAUGCGGACAUAUCAAGGAAAUGUUAAAAAAAAAAACUUGCAAAUUGUUGUCACCAAAUACUACAUAAUAAGUGAAUAAUAAUUGUUUACCUAGCAGUCAAUAAAAUUAACUAAAGUGACAGAAUACAGAUACGUUUGGAUAGAAAGUCAACAUAGAGAAUAAGUGACAAGAUACAUUAAGAAAGUAACAUAGAGAAUAAGUGACAGAUACGUUUGGAUAGAUAAUGAAGUUUUGGAUAGUGAUGCCACUGAUGAGAUCUUCUUAAUCAUACCUAAAACGCAAAUAAACAAUAUACACAUUAUUAACCACUAAAAAAGCCGAUAUUGCUAUUUAAAUGAAAACAAACAGUGAGAAGUUUGUUUACCUUCAACUCCACAACUUCUCUGAUAAGAUAGUGGCGCCGAGCCAACCGAACGAAACCCUCGUCUCCAAAAUUAAGCCCACGACUUUCAAGUUCCUCCCAAACUUCUUGGAUAUUUGAGUCAUUCACUUGUACACCUUUCCCGUACAAAACCACGCAGUGCCUCGUAAAUCUCUGAUAGAGACGCAUCUGACACUCGGCCGCUGUAGGACAGAAGAUUCCCUGAAAUUCAUAUGUAGUGUUUUUACGCAAGAUAUCAAGAUAAAUUUUAUAACACUAAUCAGAGCUACAUAAUAAAAUAAUUUCAGUUUUGCGUAUCACAAUACACUUACUUGUCCCAAGUUCCAGUCCGACCCGAAUUCGUCUUCGUAGCUUGGAAAAACAUCAAAUGCUACUACCACAGGCCCUUUGGCUAGCAUCUCAAAGUCGUUUUGCUCAGCUUAAACAAAUCCUCGUGGCCUGUGGUGAACAAUCAUUUCCCUCACAUAACCUCCUUCAACCAUGAAAGACCUUAGAUCUUCUAGACGAUCUACACCGUGAGAUUCGGAUUGAUAUCGCGAAUGGACACCAGCCAGGAGCAUUGCAACAGUUAAAAGUUCUCUACGAGAUCUCUUUAACGUAACCAGUGCAGAUUGACCUCUGAACAAGGCUAUAGCC